CAUUUAAUCAUGAUAUGUGUAUUUUGUAGCCCGGAAGAAUGGAGUUUGCCUUUUUUCGAGCUGUAGACAAACAGUGAAAGAAAGCGGCAGCGAAAGAUGUGAAAUGUUUAAAUCGAUGCACUUCAUUAGUUAAGCAACCCUGCUUGCCAGAAAUUCUGUUUUUAUAUGUAUAACAUUAAAGCCGCCACGCGUUUCCUUUACAUUUCACAUCGAACAUCGUUGGCCCGUUUGAACGUUGCCCGGAUUCGUUCGUCUGCCCGAUCUUUCUUUGGGACAGUAAACGCAGCACUCGCUUAUCCUUUCCGCUUAUCUCUUGCUGCUAGUGCGUUGGGAUUCAGACAUCAUACUGUCAUUUGUAUCUGGUGGCAGACUACAAAGUGUACAUGCAAUCUGAAGGACAAACACGCACACAUACCACCCUCCCACCGGCUAAUCCAGGAGUAAGCAGCAGUCAAGUCACAAAUCAUAAAAAUGGAUUUAAAAACCGUCUUGGUUCAACUGGAGACGGGAGAACAAGACAUCGCUUUGAAAGCUUUACAGAGUUACAACGAGCAGAUGAAUCUGUGCUUUACAUUCAGAGAGGAAGAAGAGCAGGAAAGAAAGAUGCUGGGAGAGUUGGUGCUUCGAUUCCUAAACAGGGACUUGCAGCCCUCCUGUCUCCUGGCCUGUCUAGAAACUGUUCGAAUUCUCUCCAGAGAUCCACAUUGCCUGGAUCCAUUCAUCAGUCACUCAGCCAUGUCAACUCUCGCUCAGCAUGCUGGUAUUGCCAUUGCCAGCACUGUCACUCAUACCCACAGCAAGCCAGUGGAGGACCGAGUGGAAGAUGAGGAAAAAGAUCAGGAAGAGACAGCAGAAGUAUACAGUAAGGUGGUGAAGGAUUCUUCUAUUCCCGAAAACCCUGAACGAGAGGUGAUUGUUGAAGCUCUCAAGUCCAUCUGUAACAUUCUGCUACACAAUCAGACAGGACAGGUGGUAGCAGCAGAUCUACAGCUUAUUAAAGGCGUGGCAGAAAGACUGAAGCAAUGUCAUGAUCCCGCUUGGACCCAUGAGGUAUGUUUCUUUGACUUGCGCCUCACCUUCCUGCUGACUGCCCUAAGAAUGGAUGUAAGAGCACAGUUGGCUCAGGAUCUUCAUGGAAUCAGUCUCCUAGGCAAGAGAUUAGAAGCCACACUGGGUCUAUGUUGGCCAGAUACACUGGAGACAGCAAGGACAGGAUUAGUUGACAUUCAACCUGAAGACCUGCCCCCAUUGUGCCGGCAGGAAACAGAACUCGCUACGGAAAUAUUGAAAAUAAUGUUCAACAUUACAUUUGACACAAACAGAACCAAAGUUGAUGAGGAAGAAGCAGCAGAGUACAGACAUUUAGGAGCAAUUCUGAGGCACUGUCUAAUGAGCCAUGCAGAUGGAGAAGAACGCACUGAGGAGUUUCACAGCCACACUGUGAAUUUGCUAGGUAACCUUCCAUUGCCUUGUUUGGAUGUAUUGUUAAAGCCUAAGGUGCAAUCAGGCUCCAUUGAGUACAUGGGGGUCAAUAUGGAUGCUGUCAACAUACUGCUUAACUUCAUGGAGAAAAAAAUGGACAGGGGACAUAAGCUGAAAGAGAAUCUUCUGCCAUCACUGAGCUUGCUGACUGAGAGUGCCCGCAUCCAUAGAGAGACCAGGAAGUUCCUCAGGUCAAAAGUGCUGCCCCCACUGCGUGAUGUGAGAAACAGGCCAGAGAUGGGCAGUGCUCUGAGGAACAAAAUUGUCCGUCUCAUGACACAUAUUGACACUGAUAUUAAGAACAGUGCUGCUGAAUUCCUCUUUGUUCUCUGCAAAGAAAAUGUUUCAAGGUUCAUAAAGUACACUGGAUAUGGAAAUGCAGCAGGUCUGCUGGCUGCCAGAGGACUACUUGCAGGGGGAAGAGACUCUGGGAUCUACUCUGAGGAUGAAGACUCUGAAACAGAAGAGUACAGAGGGGCCAAGGCUCAUAUAAACCCAGUAACAGGAGUUGUAGAGGAGGACCAACCCAAUCCCAUGGAAGGAAUGACAGAUGAGCAAAAGGAAUAUGAAGCUAUGAAGCUGGUCAACAUGUUUGAUAGACUAUCAAGGACCAACAUGAUCCAGCCCAUGCAGCUUGGUGUGGAUGGAACAAUGAGAGAGAUAUCUCCAGAGGACUUGCAUAAACUGACCCAUAAUCCUCUGUUUCAGUCAGAAGAGCCACCUAAUUCAGACAAUGAAAAUGAAGCCUAGUAAACACAGAAGAAUGGAGGCAGUAACAGAUUCAGCCACUGUGACAAACCUAGAAAAUCUAUAUUUUAGACAAUCAUGUGUCACUUCUAAUUCUAAACCUGUUGUAUUUUAUUUAUUCUUUGGGGAAGCAGGGAACAGAAAGUUGGUAUUUAUUUCGUAAAAGUGAUAGGAGAACAUGGCGUACAUAGAAGCAGUAUAAUGGACCAUAUUGCUGAUUUUGCAUCCUGUCAAAUGUCAAAUACAUUAAUUAAUUUUCUGUAACCGUUUGAUGUCUGGGGGGUCAUGGGAGCGGUGGAGCCUACCCCAGUUGUACACCCUGGACAGCUCGCGAAUCCAUCGCAGAGCUAAUACAGAGAGACAGACAACUAUUCACAAUCACACCAACGGCCUAUUUAGAAACACAAAUUCACCCAAAUUCAAUGUCUUUGGAUGGCGCGAGGAAACCAGAGCACCCAGAGAGAACGCGCAUACACAGGGAGGACAAACUACACACAGAAAGACCCCAAAUACAAGUAACUCCAAAUGAUAAUGCUGACUUUUUGUUUUUAAAGGUUAAGGUUAUUAAGGUUACCACUAGCUUAGGUGAUUCAUUUCACUGCAGGGGAACAUGUUGUUUUCACUCAUUAAUUUCAGUGGGGUUUUCACACUAGCAAUUUUAAAUAAGUAAUCAACAGCACAAUGUUUGCCAAACACAAAUAUCAGUCACAUUCAAAUCAGCCAGCAUAUCAUAACUGAGAAACAACAACUAUCGACAUUUUAACAUAAAUGUGUUGCAUUUGAUUUGUUUAGCUGCAGUAUACAGUUGACCUCUCAAAGCACUGAGGUGAAUGGAAUUCAAAAGAUUUGGAAGUGAAACUUGCCAAAUUCAACAGUAUCAUGCUGUUCCAGAAUAUCCCAGUUGCUGUUGUUCCUGCCACAGACAUCUUCACAGUGGAAACUUUCACUUAUUUGAGUAGGAGAAAUUGUAUGAAGACUAACGAGUCACUGUUCAGAAUAAGAUGUUGGAAUCAGAUCCGUAUUUAAAAUAAAAAAUAGCUAAUGAGUUUUAGAUACUUGUUUUUCAUGAGCCCUUCAGCUGUUUUAUAUUUAGAGGUAAAAUGUAAACCUGCAGUUGGAUAAAUUACCAGUUUAGAUUCUUAUCUAUAUACAAACGCAUGUACUGUACAAUAAAUGUGAUAUGAUAAAUGUGGUGUAAUUAUAAUGCAAACACUGUCUUAAUAGAAAGAGAAAGUGAGAGAGGCAUAUAUAAUAAUAAUUAUGAAAGAAAAAAGUAGCAUAGUGGAAUCUAUGGGGAUUCUGGCAAUGUUGUUGUAAAUCUGUUGCAGUUAGCACUCCUAUACGACAACAGACAUAAAAUUUAACUGUAACUGUUAUCCCCAAGGACAGACUCCUAGACUAAUCUGAAGAGAAAAAUCCUCUCUCUGUUAACCUUUUAGACAAAAAGAUGUCUUUUGGGAAAGUUAACAAUAAAUACAUGAAGAACAAAUGA